AUGACCUCAGAUGACUCGCACGAUGAAAUUCCCGGAUUCACCGUAGAGCAGAUGCAGUGGUCAGCUGAAGAUGAGCUAUCUUCUUCUCUGGCGGAGAACCUCCAAGCUCUGGAGUCGGCAGUGGAGAGCCUAUACCGCUUGGGCAUUGCCAUUCGGCAGUCUUCAUCGGGCAAUAUCACACAAAGGGUCAAUGCGUUCAUGGAGAAACAGAACGACGUAAAUCUGGAGAACAUGGUAUUUCCCCGGGCCAAAUUUGAGAAUAAAGCAUGGUGGGAGCGCCAUGUCGAAACCGACUUCCGGCUGUACGCGUGCAUUUGGGAAGAGUGCGCCGAUCCCCCUCAACUAUUCGCCCGAUUCGAUGACUGGAGGAAACACAUGGAUGUCGAGCACACUCCCAAGUGGACUCAGCGCAUCCACCGACCACUCAUGUUGCACAUAGCAGAUCAUGUCAAGCGGGCGGGAUUCUUGUCCAUCGACUACAUCCAGGAUUAUGACCAAGGCGGAGAACAGGGCAGUGGGGACACCUCCGGCGGCGUUGACGAAAACCAAGAGCCUCUCGACGACAGGGUGUGGAUGGACGGUCAGUGGGUACUAGCGGAUGCCGAGCUGGCUGCCUAUAGAGAUCCAGAGAUCCUUGAAGUCCCGUCGGCUCCGGAGUUGCUAUCUUACAAUGAGAAUUGGCGGUUUAUAUACGAGCCCCUGUCUGGCACACCCGAUUCCGAGAAUAUCACUCUGAAGUCCGUACAAAAGAGACUACAGGAAAACUUCAAGCAGUCAAGGGCCUGGGCAGAGGACUCUGGUGACGGAUUUCUUCCCAGAAAGGCACUCACAAAGAUCUUGACAGAGAGGACCAUACAGUUGCUUCUGAAACAGAAGCAUGAGACAAGUCACAUCAGUUCGACCGACAUAAUUGGCGAGAAGAAACGCAUCAAGAUAUUCGCUAUCCUGAUUCUGAUAAAAAAGACCGAGCACAUCUCAUCCAGCAAAGUGUCUCGGACGAUGACUUGCCUCUGGAACAGGUCCACUUAG